AUGUCAGCUGCGCUGGCCUCUGAUGAAGUCGCCGAGGACUACAAAAACUCCUUGGAAGAUCUAACGUCAAAUGACAGGUUUCAGAUCAGCAAUUUAACCGUUAUCGCAAAGGAAAACACGGAACAUGCGAUGGCUAUCUCCCGCGUCCUGGAGAACCACAUUCGAACAACACCACCGGCUCAAAAGCUGCCUGCAUUGUAUGUAGUCGACUCCAUCGUGAAGAAUGUAGGCACUCCCUACACUCUAUUUCUUGGGCGGAAUAUGUAUCAGACUUUCAUGAACGCCUACACGCUGGUCGACUCGCAAACUCGCAGGAAGUUGGACGAGAUGUUGAAGACAUGGAAAGAGCCGGUUCCGGGGUCGUUGGAUACGAGACCGGUCUUCCCACCUGAUAUCACUCGCAGCAUUGAGAAUGCCCUGAUCAAGGCGAGGACUGCUGCCCUUCAGCAACAACAGGCUAGGGGCCAGCAAGACGUCUUCAAUCGCGGUCGUGUUGGAACCCCUCCUGGAUGGCCAAACACACCUACACCUCCGCAAAAUGCCGCUCGGCAUCCGCCAACUGCAAAUCCCCUGCAAGGCCAACGGCCUGGGCCAGCCAACGGAUAUCCGACGAGCGAAACGAUUCCGGUCCGCUCAACUUCAACGCCCCAGCUUCAGUCACAAGAAGUCGACAUCACAUCCUUAAACCGUGAUGUGGAGGUUCUCAUAGCUGCUGCUCGAAAUGAAUUUGCGAACAACCCUCUCGACCCAUCUGUACAACAGAGAUUAAAAGCUCUUCUAGAUUUGCAAGGCAUCAUGCAACGCCAACAACUCACCCAGGAACAGCUAAGACUUGUCCGUGACCAAGUAUCAGCGCUUGCUCCCAAGGCUCCCAACCCGCAAACUCAACCCGCUCCACCACACCUCCCAGUCACCUCAACUCCAACUGUAGGCACUCCACCUGUCGCACAGUCAUUCUCUCAGCCACUUCAGCAACUCUUAAAUCCAGGAACACUUGCAGAACUCAUCAAAGCUACAGCUGCACGACAGCAAUCCACUCCGCCACCACAAAUACCCGCCCUCCCCCAAAUACCUGUCAGUAGCACUCCGCAAAUACCUACUUCGGGCGCAGAGAAUCCGAUUGUUGCAGCUUUAAGGGCGAAAGGCCUCCUACCUGCGGCAUCUGCACCCCCGGCAGCAUCAGUUCCACCACCGGCCGCUGGUGGUACGUUUCCAUUCAUAGUACCUGGACAAGUACGAUACACGCCACCCGUGCCUACACCGCAAGCAGUGAGUACUGCAGAUAUACAAGUUAAUGUUCAAAUGAACACCGCAUCUAUCAAAAUCCCACGUAACAUGUUGAUCGCUAGUCUCUACGAGGCACGGUCAAAUAGAUGCGGUACCUGCGGCCGUCGGUUCUUUGCAACCGAAGAAGGGAAAGAAAAGAAAGCACGACAUCUCGAUUGGCACUUUCGAACCAACCAGCGGAUGGGUGACGCCGCCAGGCGUGCUCAGAAUCGCAGCUGGUACGUCGACGAGCGGGACUGGAUAAAAUCACGGGAACUGGGGGACGAUCAAGUUAUCACGGACACUGAGGCUGCAAACGAGAACGUUGCUGGAACUGAAAACAGUCCCUCAAAGAAGGGCCCAGUUAAACAAUGGAUUCGAGCACCUAACGAUGCCACAUUGCGCAACACCCCAUGUCCUAUCUGUCAGGAGAAGUUCGAAUCUACAUGGUCAGAAGAUGUUCAAGAUUGGAUCUGGCAAGACGCUGUUAAAGUAGGCGCUCGAGUAUACCACGCCAGCUGCUAUGCGGAAGUGACCAAGGACGGUCCGACUCCCACUCGGCGAGAGGCCCCAUCAGGGCGGACAGGGACCCCCGAUUCAGUGCUGGGCAAACGCAAAUCUGAGGGAACCAACUCACCUGGUCAAAACGUACGGGUCAAAACAGAGCCGAUGUGA